CUUUACAUAUAUAAUUUUUUUUUAAGAACGUAAAGAAGAUAAUAAGGAGGGAUAAGAACUUUUUAAUCACUUUGAUGCGGUUGUCUCUCUAUAAUAGAAGGGAUCAUCAUCAAAAAGAUGAUAAUAAAAAACGUAUUCUGUUAUUUAUAUACCUACGGAGUGGUAUUACGCCACUAUAGAAUCAACUCGCAGAGUCUGUGUUGAGGUUGUGCUUAUAAACUCCCUCUACAAAAUUUUAACAGUUGGUUAGUGGUAUUUAUACGCAGCACAGCGACGACACGAAGUGCUGCAACGGGUUAAAGAGUUUUGAGAGUUUUGAGCGGCAUGAGUGAUUUUGCAUGGGUUACCUUAGCUACCAACGACUCCUAUUCGUUAGGAGCGUUGGUAUUAGCUCAUUCUUUAAAACAAGUGGGAACAAAACACCAAAUGGUUGUUUUAAUAACACCCGGUGUUACAAAUGCUAUGAGAGAAAAAUUAACAACUGUAUUUAAUAUAGUAGAAGAAGUGAAUCCGUUAGAUUCAAAGGAUGAAGCAAAUUUAAAAUUGUUAAAACGACCAGAAUUAGGAAUAACGUUCACGAAGCUCCACUGCUGGCGGUUGAUACAGUUUCAAAAGUGCGUUUUCUUGGACGCCGAUACUUUGGUAUUAUCAAAUUCCGAUGAACUUUUCGAAAGAGACGAAUUUUCGGCAGCUCCAGAUGUUGGCUGGCCAGAUUGUUUCAAUUCGGGUGUAUUUGUUUAUAAACCAUCUAAUGAAACUUAUUCAAAAUUGGUUGACUUCGCCCUUCUAAAAGGCAGCUUUGACGGUGGCGAUCAAGGUUUAUUAAAUCUUUAUUUUUCGGAUUGGGCGCAUAAAGAUAUAGCAAAACACCUUCCGUUUAUUUAUAACAUGUGUUCUACGGCUGUUUAUUCUUAUUUACCAGCUUUUAAACAAUAUGGUAAAAAUGCAAAAAUAGUGCAUUUUAUUGGCCCGGCAAAACCAUGGCUGCAAUAUUUCAAUACAGAAACAUUAAAAGUUUAUCCAUCACCGGGAUUGCAACAUUUAGAAGAAACGCUUCAGAAAUGGUGGAAUAUUUUCUGUUCUUUAAUCCAUCCGAAUUUAUCCAAAGAUAUGGCUGGAAGCAAGCAGUCUGCCGAACACAUCCAUUCUAAUCCUCAAACAUCUUCCCAAACAAAUAAUACUCAUCACAUUCCAAAUCAAUGUUUUAAUGAAUUCGAAACAUUAACUUUAGAAGAUUAUACUAGUAAUAUUUGGGAUCCGUGGGAUGACCACGAUAAUAAACAGAUUUUAAUUCAACAUGAAAAUGAACAUAUUGAGAUUAAUGAUAGUAAUAUUAAUAAUUAUAUUAAUAAUGAUAUUAAUAAUGAUGUUAAUAAUGAUAUUAAUAAUGAUGUUAAUAAUGAUAUUAAUAAUGAUGAAAUAGUUUCGUUUAAUUUAAAUAAUGAAAAUUAUAUAGAAUCAUUAGAAACAGUUCCAAACUGUUUAGAACUUUUAGACGAGCAAAAUUAUGAGCUAAAUGAUGAUCAAACUGAUAAACAAAUUAAUGAAGAUAUUAAUGAGUCAUUUAAUGAAAUUAAAAAUGAUAUAGUUGACAAUUUUGAAUCUCAAGUUUCGGAAGAUAACCGCGAAAUCCUUUCCUUAAAACCAAACAUACCCGACACAUCUGACACAUGUGACACGCCACCUGGCACAGUAAGCCAAGAGCUAGCUUCUUUGCACGUGAAUCAUAGCAAUGAUGCGGGCAUCGCGAUCGAUAGUGGUUUGGCUGGAGCAUUCGCCCAAUUUACAUUGGGUGCGAAAAGAACAACUGGACAAGAUGCUUUAGAGAAUCAUUUGAGAAGACAAGCUUGGGAACUUGGAAACAUCGAUUAUUUGGGUAGGGAUUCGUUUGAUCACAUCUGGUCGAAGAUUUGCGAGAGUUUGGCAACACCUACUCAAGAAGCGUCCGGAGAGCAAAAAGCGGAAACGAUGGUUCCCGAAGUCGUUGGAGACGUUCCCACAACGAUAACUACAACCCCAGAAACUUGUAUCACAGCCAUGAAGAACGAACCUACCCCGGCGGAUGUUCUACUAAAAGAGAUUAUCCCUAUUCCCAUCGAGGCAAUUCAAACCAUUUCAGCAGAAUCUCCCAAGCCUGAAGAGAAAUCUUCACCCCCACAACCUUCACCAGCUGACAUUUUAUUAAAAGAAAUUAUUCCCGUUCCUAUUGAAGCAAUGCAAAAGCAACCUAUCCCAAAACCUGAUGACUCAACACCUAAAUCUGACGCAGUUGCUGAAGUAGAAGCUUUACUUAAAGAACUUAUUCCCGUUCCCAUCGAAGCUCUUAAGACUGAUGAAACAACACCGGUUGAUGUAACAAAACCUGCAGAUCUAAAAUUAGAAACUGCCCCUGUGGAUGUACCAAAGCCGGAUAUUACACCUGUAGAUGUACCAAAGCCCGAAACUACACCUGUAGAUGUAGCAAAACCAGAAACAGCACCUGUUGAUGUACCAAAAUCCGAUAUUGCACCUAUUGAUGUACCAAAACCCGAAACUGCACCUGUUGUUGUACCAAAACCCGAAACUGCACCCAUUGAUUUACCAAAACCCGAAACUGCACCUGUUGAUCUACCAAAACCCGAAACUGCACCUAUUGAUGUACCAAAACCCGAAACUGCACCUAUUGAUGUACCAAAACCCGAAACUGCACCUGUUGAUGUACCAAAACCCGAAACUGCACCUAUAGAUGUGCCAAAGCCGGAAAUUACACCUGUAGAUGUGCCAAAGUCCGAAACUGCACUUGUAGAUGUAUCAAAAACCGAAGCUGCACCAACAGAAACCCCAAAAGAAGAAGCUCCAAAAGUAGAAACAGCAAUCACAGAACUUGAUGUUUCACAAUCUGUAUUAUCACAGGCUUUAAAAUCUGAAACUACCCCAAUAGUAGCUCCAAAACCUGAAUCGACGCCGGUUGAAGCUCCAAAAGAUGCUGUACUACAAGAAUCUAUUAAGACUGAACCACUACCAGAAGCGCCAAAAGUAGAAACUGCACCUAUUCCUUUAGAAGCUCCAAAAACGGAGACUCCACAGGAAGCACCUCAGCCUGAAACGCAAGUAACUGAGGUUCCUAAAGCUGAUGCACCAAAAGUUGAAGCUCUUAAAGAUGAAGCUCCUAAAGCUGAUGCACCAAAAGCUGAAAUACCAGUAACAGAAACGCCAAAAAGUGAAUCAACUCCAGUAGAAAUUCCAAAAGAAACUUUACCAGAAAAAAUUGUUCAACAAGAAACAGCAGUUUCCACUAUUAUAACACCUCCAACACCAACUGAAUCAAAUAAAAUCGAAACGCCUACUAUGGAGGUUGGCCCAGAGAUGUUAUCGAAACCUGAAGUUGUUGAAGUUCCCGAAGCAAUUCCCGAAAAAGAUAGAGUUCCCCCACCAGAUUCGCAGAAACAAGAAUGUCCGAUGAAACAAAAGGAAUGUUCAAAGACUGAAGAACAAAAAUCUGAGUCCAUUCCACCCGAAGUACAACCGCAAUCGGAGAUAGCCGCUGCCAAACCGAGUGAAACAACCGAACAAAAACCAGAAGUUACGGAAGAAGUUAUAAAGAAGGUAAAGGUGGUGAAAAAGAAGAAGGUGCCAAAAAGCGAUGCACCAAAAGGUGAUGCACCAAAAAGUGAUGCAUCAAAAAGUGAUGCGCCAAAAAGCGAUGCGCCAAAAAGCGAUGCUCCAAAAGUUGAUACUCCAAAGAGUGAUGCUCCAAAAAGUGAUGUUGGAGCUACAGCUUCUGAGCAACAACCUAAAGCGGGUGGUGAAACUUCAACGCCAACCCCUCCACCACGAAAAACGACGACCGUUAAGAAGGUCAAAGCAAAGAAGCCAUAAAAUGUUACGAAUUUUCUAUGAAUUUUUUUUCAAUGUGUGUUGAAUAUUUAUUGACUUAUAUCUUCAUUGAAAUAAAAUAAUAUAAAAAAGAA